UGGGGGGUCGCAGCCGCAGGAGCUCCCCCGCCCCGUGGACCUGCGGAGCGACACGGUAACCCGGCCGUGCGCGGGGAUGCGCCGCGCCAUGGCCCGCGCCGCCGUGGGCGACGACGACUACGGGGAGGACCCGGCGGUGAACGGUGGGCGGAGGGGACGGACUUUCCGUGAGGUCCCUGGGGGAUUCCCGACGCCCCGGGACCCCCAGCGCCAGCCCUCCAGGAGUCCCAUGUCCCUCCGCAGAGCUGCAGCGCCGAGCUUCUGGGACCUUGGGGACGGAGGCGGCUCUGUUCGUGCCCACCGCCACCAUGGCCAACCUUAUUGCUGUGAUGUGCCACUGCCGGCAAAGGGGAGCUCAGCUGUUCCUGGGCCAGAAUGCCCACCUGCACCUCUAUGAGCAUGGUGGGGCCGCACAGGUGCGUACCGAGGGCAGGCACGGUGGCACUGGUGGCAGUGCAGGCAGGGGCAGGAGGGCGGCCGUGUGCUGCCCUCCUCUGGCGGCCAGGACUGGGCCAGGCAGAGGACCCACUGCCACAGCAUCACCCAGAUUGUUCGAAACCACAUGAGUACAGGCUGAGCACACCCGAUGGAGGGAACAGAGGGGCAAAGGACCAGAUCCCCCCUGUGCCACCACUGUCCCCUGUCGGCUCUAUGCUCUUACCAUCCUGGGUGCAGGUUGCCGGUGUCCAUUCCCAAGCCCUGCCAGAUCUGCCAGAUGGCACCUUUGACCUGGACCAGCUGGAGCUGACCAUCCGCGAGGCCCAUGGCAGCCGGUACCACCCACGCCCUGAGCUCAUCUGCCUGGAGAACACACACAGCUCGGCGGGAGGCCGGGUGCUGCCCCUCACCUACCUCAGGCAGGUCCGUGAGCUCGCUGACCGCUACGGGCUGCAGGUGCACAUGGAUGGCGCACGGCUGAUGAAUGCGGCCGUGGCCCAGGGCGUGGAGCCUGCUCAGAUCACCCAGCACUGUGACUCCGUGUCCCUCUGCUUCUCCAAGGUGUGCUUGUGUGGAGAGGAGUCUCUGGGGCUGGCGGGCCUGGGUGCCCCGGCCGGCGCGGUGCUGGCAGGGCGCAGGGAGUUCAUCGCCGAGGCCUGGCGCGUGCGGAAGCUGCUGGGCGGGGGGAUGCGGCAGGCGGGAGUGCUGGCGGCCGCUGCGCUCCUCGGGCUGCAGCACGCAGAGGCCACGCUGCACAGAGACCACGACAAUGCCCGGCGCUUUGCAGAAGGCAUCCACAUGCUGGACUCGCCUCUCUGCUCUGUUAACCUGGCAGCAGUGGAGACCAACAUUGUAAUGGUAAAUGUCCGGGGGGCCUGGCCAUCCCCUGCUGAACUCUGCGAUCACCUGCGUGCCACCAGCGAGGAGGAGGUGGCUGAGACCGGGGAGGCUGUUAGCGUCCUGCUGCUCCCCUGGUCGGCGCACACCGUGCGUGCCGUCUGGCACCGCGACAUCUCGGUCCGCGACACUGAGCUCGCAAGGAGCAAGCUGGAGUUUGUUGCCAGGAAGUGCCAGGAGAAGCUGGUCCUGGGAUUGCGUCCGACUCCUCCGGGCACAGGGGAAGCCUGAGCUUCCUCCCAGCCCCCCAGCUGAAGGAGGUAGGCCAGCCCACAGUGCAGGGGCUGGGACUACUGGGACCAGCCCCUGUGUGUUCCCAGCUGACUGCAACACAUCACCUGUCCCAACAGGCACACUGACAAACCAGGGUGAGCCCAGCCUGGGGGAGACCCCAGUCCUUGGGGUGGUCAGUGCAUAAAAUAAAUGUUUUCUGGCAGUAC